UGUUUACCUCUCAAUUGUCAACGUGUAUUUAUCGGAAUCCGGAACCAGUUGUCGUAAAUACUGUCGUAAAGGUCCUAACGUUAAACAGAACCAGGAACUUCACCGCCCGGUUUGUUUUCAUCCUUUGAAAUGGCCUCAGCUCCAACACCACAACUGACCCUUACUGUUGAGCAGGCCAGAGUGGUGCUUAGUGAGGUCAUCCAGGCCUUCUCUGUACCAGAAAACGUUGCACGGAUGGAGGAGGCAAGGGAAAGUGCCUGCAAUGACAUGGGGAAGAUGCUGCAGCUUGUCCUUCCUGUAGCCACACAGAUUCAACAAGAGGUUAUCAAAGCCUAUGGCUUCAACAAUGAGGGAGAGGGUGUACUGAAAUUUGCCAGAUUAGUAAAGAUGUACGAAACUCAGGACCCAGAGAUUGCUGCCAUGUCGGCGAAACUGAAGUCCCUCCUGUUGCCGCCCCUGUCCACACCACCGAUUGGAGGGGCCAUACCAGCCUCAUGAGGAAUGGAAUGUCAGAAUGGAAUAUCAAAAUGGAAGCUUGUAACAUUCAUAAACUGCCAACUGGCCAUUUGAUUGCCCUUAUUCAUUGUUUCAGUCGUUCCAGAAGCCUGCCUACACUGCAUCCCAAUUUCAUUGUUUAAAUCCAUGUUGUAAGUAGUGUUUUACCUUUUUACAUUGAAUGCAUAAUUGUAGUGAGGUUGCUGGAAUUGUGUUAUGGUCACAGUAUUUAUUUAUCAGGUUCCAGGGCUCCAGAAUAACUUUUUUCCCUAUCAUUCUCACACUCAUUGGCCUGCUACAGAUGCCGGAUUCGAUGACACGCCCCUUCCCCGUUUAACGUGUACAAAUACAAAGUCUAAAAAGGGCAAAUUUCAGUCGCACUCAAAUUUUGGUCGCAAAAGAGGACCAUUUGGUUGCAGUCUGGAGCCCUGAGAUAAAUUGUUAUGUCAUUCACAAUAACCCAUGUCAUUCACAAUAACCCACUUAAAUGCAAUCAUUUUAUAAUGUGUCAGAUAUUGACAAAUAUGUAUUAAAAUUGUAAAAGAUAA